AUAUAUCAAUAACGUUGUGCAAUACCAAGAGUACGCGUCUAAUCUUGGCUGUACAAUUAUUCGCAUCAUCGUUAUGUAAUAACUAUGAAGAAUAGACGAAUAGAGACGUAGCAUGAUAUAUUCUAGUAGUUUCUGAGAUAUCACUUCAUUUGUAAUUUUCACUACCAAAGACUCUAACGUUUUUCGAGAAAACAAGCAUUCACUGACAUCAGAUUCGUUCUUCCGACUCGCUCAAGAUCUAUAAUUAGUCAUGGCUGAAAUACCUACUCUUGCACUUUCCAAUGGAUACAAAAUGCCAGCUCUUGGUCUUGGAACAUACCAGUCGCGCCCUGGUGAAGUAGAAAAGGCCGUAAUGGAAGCAAUAGACCUAGGAUACCGUCAUAUAGACACUGCAUUCUUUUAUGGAAAUGAGAAAGAAAUCGGUGAGGCAGUUCAAGCGAAAAUCAAGGAUGGAACUGUGAAAAGGGAAGAUCUCUUCAUUACAACUAAGCUCUGGAAUAAUUUUCACAAAGAAGAAAGAGUGGUCCCAGCAUGUAAGAAAUCUUUAGAAAAUCUUGGAUUAAGUUAUAUAGAUCUUUAUCUGAUUCAUUGGCCAUUUGCCUUCCAGGACGGUGAUAAUUUGUUGCCUAAGACUGAAGAUGGGACUCUUAUUAUGUCGGAUACCGAUUAUCUUGAAACUUGGAAGGGAAUGGAAGAAUGUGUACGAUUAGGAUUGACUCGUAGUAUUGGAAUAAGCAAUUUCAACGAAGAACAAAUCACUCGUUUACUCGGUGCAGCUAAGAUUUUGCCCGUAAAUAAUCAGGUUGAAGUAAACAUAAAUUUAAAUCAAACACCAUUGAUAGAAUUUUGUAGAAAACACAAUAUUACGAUAACCGGAUUUUCUCCGCUGGGGCAACCCGGAAAUAGAUUUGGCGUGCCAAAUUCCUUGGACAAUCCAAAACUAAUAGAGAUUUCGAAAAAGUAUAAUAAAACAACAGCUCAAAUUGCUCUAAGAUACAUAUUGCAACAAGGAAUCGCCGUCAUUCCGAAAACAGUAACAUCAAGCCGACUAAAAGAAAAUCUAAAUAUCUGUGAUUUUUCUCUAACCGAUCAAGAAAUGGCGACCAUAGCGACAAUUGGCACGGGACAACGCGUUUCGCGAUUUCUAGAUGCGCAAAAACACAAAUAUUAUCCAUUCAACAAAUAGAAGUUUCAUUACAUACGAGUAAAAUGGCAGGAAACAGCUCGUCAAAUUCAGUAUAAAUUAAUAGUGAGGUAUAUCCCCUUUGAACUUACAUAAUCCCACGCUGUAAUUCGGCACUCGUUUGACCCUUAUGUAGUCAAUUAGAUUUAUUGAAUGCCAUGGAAAAUUUCGAUGCUUCGUACGGUGUGACGUCAUACAGCGUAACAAAGCAGACACCGUCAUGGACAAGGCUAAUUGCAUUUAGCCAGUACUAACUAUGAUUACAAAAUACAGACGUAUAUCGUGGGUAAAUAAAAUUGCGUAAAAAAAAUAUUUGUCAAACAGUAGAGUGUAAUCUACUUUUUACAAAAAUACUGAUAAAGUACCUUUCCAAUAUCUUAUGGUACACCUGCAAUGUUGAAAACAGCAUGCAAUCGAUAUGGCGAUAAAUGUAUUCUAGCAACUAUGAAAGGAAACUUGUUCCAAGAACGUAUGACGCACUGACAAAUCGAAUUUCCGUAAUUGUUGGAAACGUGAUGGCGGAAACGUGAUCAACGGACU